UUAAUCCAGGCUGGCUUUCACAAGAUAUGCUUAUUCACUAUUAAGCAAACUCAAGUCGUCUGAGUUUGCAGGACGCGCCGUACCACAGACGUAGCUCCGUUCCUAGAAAAUGCUGCGCUCCACUGCGGUUGGCUGGUGUGUGGUUCGGGGCUCCCUCGAACGCGUUUCACCCGGGACCACAGCUCCGUCUCCCAGUCCACCCCCCCCCCAAAAAAUACAUUCCGGCCCAGAGCUCUCGUCGGGCGGAGACGCCGCCAAACCACCAGCUCAGCCUCCCAGUCCAGAAGACUCGCGCCUCAACUCAAGACGGCACCGGAGGGGCGGCGGAGGAGCCCAAGAAAUUAAGCGCGAAGGACCGGGACUCCUCCUCCUCCCUUUCUCCGCUGCGCUGGCCGCGGGCGUGAGGGAGUCGCUGUGGGCGGACUCCAGCCUUGCCCAACCGAGGCGAGGGAAGCCCUCCGCCUCACGCUUCAGUAGACCGGGUGGGAGGUUCCUGCUCUGUAGAGGACCGAGCAGGGAGGGCUUUCCCGACGCCGGGCUUCCGUGCAGCCGUUGGGUCGCAGUAGUUGAAAGUUACAGGAGAGCGGACACCUCGUUUGCCCGGAGAGAAGAGGGGCGGUCGCUUCAGCUCCUCUGGGCUGUCUGUCUCCGCUGGGAGCACCCGCGUUAAUAUUCACAGACGAGCCCCACACGCACCCUUCGGCCCUCCCUCCCUCCCUCCCUCCCUCCUCCCAGCCUUUCUCUCUCGCUCUCUCUCUCGCUCCCUUUCCCGGUCGUCUCCUCCCUCUCCUGCGCUUCUCCCUCCUCUUUCCCUUCCCCCAGAGGAGCUGCCGGAGGAGGCCGGCAGACAGGCGCGGCGCGGCGCUCCUCUUCUGUUCUCUUGGGCUGUUUGUUCGGCCCGGCCCGGCCGUCGCAGCUGCGGAAGGAAAACAGAACCCCCUCGCUCUUCGAGGCGAGAAGCAAUCAUGAGCGGCGGGGAGGUGGUCUGCCAGGGCUGGCUCCGAAAGUCCCCCCCGGAGAAGAAGUUAAAGCGCUAUGCAUGGAAGAGAAGAUGGUUUGUGCUCCGCAGUGGUCGGUUGACAGGAGAUCCAGAUGUAUUGGAAUACUACAAAAAUGACCACACCAAGAAACCAAUUCGUAUCAUUGACUUGAAUUUGUGUCAACAAGUGGAUGCUGGAUUGACAUUUAACAAAAAGUUUGAAAACAGCUAUAUUUUUGACAUAAAUACAAUAGACAGAGUCUUCUAUUUAGUUGCCGACAGUGAAGAGGAGAUGAAGUGGGUUCGAUGUAUUUGUGAUAUCUGUGGGUUCAAUCCUACUGAUGAUGAUGCUGUGAAGCCACCAGGCAAUUCUUUGCCGGCAUCAGCCGAAUUACCCUUAGCAGUCAGUACUUCCCUACCAUCUAUACAAGCCGAGCCAUCCCUACCUCCUCCAUAUCAGUUAAUUAAUAUCCCACCAUUAGAAUCUGCCUCCAGUCAUGAAGAUCCACAAGAUUACCUGUUACUAGUCAAUUGUCAGAGUAAGAAGCCUGAACCAACAAGGUUGUCAGCUGAUACAGCAAAAUCUGCCUGUUCUGAAACAGAUUGUAAUGAUAAUGUGCCUUCCCAUAAAAGUUCUGUGCAAUCGCUAAACAAGCACACAGUGAAUGGAUAUUUUCAGCAACAUAGUGUAUAUGAUUCUCCCACAUCAAGAGCUGCUUCGGUGUCAGUAGAUGGCAGUCUUUAUAAUCUACCAAGGAGUUAUUCUCAAGAUGUUUUACCAAAGGCAUCUCCUUCUGGAACUGAUAUAGAUGGAGAGCAACAUGUUUUUAGCACUCCAUCUGCAACCUCUUCUCUUGAUAUACAGAUGAGGCAUUUCUCCCUUAGUUAUGACAUUCCCUCAACACCUGGAAGUACGUACCAAAUUCCACGAACUUUUCCAGAAAGUUCAUUGACUCAAGGUUCAAAGCUAGAGACUAUUCCAGAUGUUCCUCCACCACGUCCUCCAAAGCCUCAUCAUGCUUCAGAUCGCUCUCCGGUGGAGGCAUGUAGCAUCGCACGUACUGCCUCAGAUACUGAUAACAGUUACUGCAUCCCUACAAGUGGCUUGCUCCCAUCUCGCAGCAACACAAUUUCCACCAUGGAUAUGAAUAUUUCGCAAAGGUUAGUGGACCUUGGUUCUCAAGAUUGCUAUUUUGUUCCACGAACAUUUCCAAAUGAUAGAUCAAGCUCACUGGAAGGCUUCCAUAACCACUUUAAAAAUAAAAGUCUAUUGACUGUUGGAAGUGUUUCCAGUGAAGAACUGGAUGAAAAUUAUGUUCCCAUGAACCCCAACUCUCCUCCACGUCACCAUUCUGGCAGUUUUACUGAACCCAUCCAAGAAAUGACGAACUAUGUGCCAAUGACUCCUGGCACGUUUGAUUUUUCACUAUUUGGAAUGCAAGUGCCUCCACCAGCACACAUGGGAUUUAGAUCUAGUCCAAAGACCCCUCCUAGAAGGCCAGUCCCUGCAGCAUGUGAACCUCCUCCAGUGGACAGGAACCUGAAGCCAGACCGGAAAGGUCAAAGCCCUAAAAUUUAAGACCUAAACCUCAUGGUUUAGAGCCGAACAGAUUCACAAACCAUAGGUGAAUUUACACAAGGAGAAAGGUUAAACCAAGCACCACUAGAAAUUAAACCUUUAUCAGAAUGGAUGAAUUGCCAGCUACCAGUUAGAUCUCCAAUUACCAGAAGUUUUACACGCGAUUCUUCCAGGUUCCCAUUAUCUCCCCGGCCAGAUUCAAUUCAUAGUACAACUUCUAGCAGUGAUUCGCACGACAGUGACGAGAAUUAUGUACCCAUGAAUCCAAAUCAGUCCACUGAUGAUCCAGGUUUGUUCGGCAGCAGCAGCCUUGAUGGGGGAAGCAGCCCUAUGGUAAAACCUAAAGGUGACAAGCAGGUGGAAUAUUUAGACCUGGUAGAUUCUGGAAAAUCUACUCCACCUCGCAAGAAAAAGAGUAGUGUUUCUGGCGGUAGUGUGGCUGAUGAGAGAGUCGAUUAUGUUGUUGUUGACCACAAAAACAUUAGCAUUAGAGGUACAAGAGAAGCUUGGACAGAUGGAGGCAAUCAACAGAGUCUGAAAACACCAACAAAAAGUGUGAAAUGACAAUAAAUUUUUUUUGACGUCCUGUUUAAUAUUCUUAAAGAGAGCCACCAUUAACUGAUGAGACGAAUACUUCAAUGAAUUAUUUUUCUUUCAAAUAUUUUCAAUAUCAAGCUGAUGACAACAUGGAAUAAAACAGUAGCCUAUGGCAAUCUUAGUGAUUUUCAUGAUGUAAAAUAGUGUAUCUUGGGUCUGAGAAAAACAUUUUGAUCUGGAAUUAACUAUUUGAUAGUAUUACAAUGUUGUAUGCACUUUUUCCUUGUUAAAAUGGUGGUUCAGCUUUCUCCACCUAAUGUACUUUUAACAUCCUCCUUUCUCCCCCUGACACUACUAUAUAACAUUCUAGGAAGUAAGCUAUGUGUAUGAUAUUGAAAUUAAGGUCUGAGGUGCAUUUUAAUAGCUCAAAGAUCAAUUAGAAAAAAAUAGUUUCACAAUUUUAAUCUACUUGAACUGUCAAAAGAUGAUUUGUUAAAUGCCUAUGUUUUAUAUUUAAUACAUGCAAAGAAUAUUUCAAACUCUACAGCAGUGGUUCUCAACCUGUGGGUAGGGACCUCUUUGGGGGUCGAAUGACCCUUUCACAGAUGGUCUUAGGAACCCAGACACCAAUUUAAUGGUUGGGGGCCACCACAACAUGAGGAACUGUAUUAAAGGGUUGCGGCCUUGGGAAGGUUGAGAACCACUGCUCUACAGGUUGCCUUCCUAUCAGAAAUGGCUGUGAGUGAGUAAUAAUAGGCAUGUUUCUGGAUCUACUCUAAUGUCUUAUUCAAUAAUGCAUUAAUUAGAGGAGGUCCUUUUGAAUUUUCACUGAGAACAGUGUUCUUUUUUUGCCGAGCAAAGAUUCUGCAGGGAGGGAUCUUUGCCCAGAAUAUCACAUAAAUCUCAAUAUUAUUGAAGGUAUGCAGGAGUGACUGAUCUCACUCUUUAACUGCAAAGUGUAAUAUUUACUUCAUUUACAAAAACAGAAACUAUGACAUCAGGUACGUACCUAGCCCCACAUUGUGCUAGUUCACAUAUCAGGUUCAAACAACGUGCUUUUAAUUUUCUACUGCUACCAAGUCUUUGAAUUGGUUUUUAGUAUGAAAAUUCAUGAGGCGGUGUGACAUUCACUGUUUAUAGUACUAGAAGAUACUGUGAUUUUUGUUUUGUUUUGUUUUGAAAUCAGACCGCAAUACAAAUGGAAUUAUUAUGUCUUGGCACCACAUGAAUCUUUUUAAUGAUCCUUGUUAUGCCAAGUUUCUUGCUUGGCCUUAUAUUUAAAUUCCUAUGUAAGUGGUAUUUUUAACAUCUUGUUCUUUUUUUAAAGGAAAACACAAGAUUUAUCCCAUUUUUUAAAAAGUUCUUCAGGUACAGAAUUCAUUUGAAUACUUUGAUUUAUUGAAUCACUAUUCUUAUUCCAAAUAGUAGCUGCUUCAACAGCCAAAAAGAGAAACACUAAUUCUCUUUAAAGUACAACUUUAAAAAAAUAAUUAAUCAUGGUGGAAAAAUUUACUAAUUCAUUCUUUUGUAGUUGUAAAAAAGAGAAUGUUGUAUUUCUCAAACUUCAUAAAUACUGAAUAAAGAAAGAAAUGCUGGCCUUAAUAUUAUAUCUAAUUUUCCAAUCCCAUUCCAACUUAAUAGUUUGUAAAUUUUCUUUAUUUCUAACAAGGUUUCUUUUUAAAUUAGAAAUAUUUUGGUGUUUUAAAUGUUUUUUAAACUAAACAUUGCAUUUCGAGAUGAAUUUUAAAUAAAUCCAAGUUGUUCUGC